AGAGAGAUAAAGUGUGUGGUAUGAAUGAAUCCACGUUAGGGUUACAACAUGAAAUUAGCUACAUAUUUGCAGGCCACAUGGGCUUAAGGAGUGCCACGGGCUGGUCUAAAGAAUAGCGAGCUAGGCGUAAUACAAGAAAUACAUCAUUCCCGGUACCUCAGUCCAGGAUAAUAUAUAUUCAUCAGAACCGAAAACUAAUAAGUUCAACCCGUACAUGAAACUAUUAUAACUAAUAGAUGUAGAAAGUGUUUUUGAAUAUUAUCAUGAUGAAGUAGGUAGGGAUAUUCAAAUGUAUUUACUUUUACGUAAAUAAUGUAUUCACGAAUACACAUCAAAAUAUGAGACAGAAUCUCUCAUUUCUCUCUUUCUCUCUAGCUUUCCGGCGCACAUCAAAUAUGGGAUGAUACUCAUUUGUUCAACAAUUCCAAUCAUUACCGGUAACGAAGAACCAAUUCACUGGUAUCUUUCCAACUCUAAAUUCAACAGGAACAGAAGAACCAGAUGUGAGGCGUCCCCAAGACUCCUCAAUUCGUAUAGUUGGAAUCGUGCAAACAGUAUUUCCACCGACGGACCGUCUUUACUCCACAGUCAGUCGGAGCCUUCUUCACGAACAACCCAUCUCCACCCUUUUCGUCAUCAGAGGAAACGGUCAGACAGGCAUUGUAAGAAGACUCUCACAUGGGCUGAAAUUGUGAGAUGGGAUGCAAACAAGUGUGGAGCCCAAGCCAGCACAUCUACUACAAUCCUCAAAACAUAACGAAAGUAGUGCCAAAGAAACUAAUGAUCAGGCACUCGUUCUUCUUGCCACGGGAGAGGAUUAUAAUAAAGGGCCAAAAUCCCCCCUAAAGUUGUGGAUCUAGGCCCUCAAACUUAAUUUUGGAGCAAAAAUCACCAUAUUCCCUUUAAAGAGGGCAUUUCACCCCUACUCUAACGGUGACCUAAGGAGAAGUUAAUAGUCAUGUGUUCUUAAAUGCAAAUAAAUAUUGUCUCUAGCUAAAUGCCUA